AGUCGGUAGCGUCAUUCGUUUAUAUCAACCAGCUCGUUUGAUUCUUUCCUUUUAUUUGGCUUCUUCUGUCAAUCUUUUGUCUCUACGUCUGGAUGUCUCUAGUGUCGUUCCUGGCCAAGUUCAUGGGCAUGGACGAUAGGCUGAAAACCGCCAAUCGCUCGUUCACUCGAAGCGAUCGGAUCGGGAAGUCUAGAAGGUCACCAAGGAAGACACACGGUAGGCAUGUGAAGGCGAAGAAAAUGCAAGAGAAGGUGGAAAGUCAGUCACCGGCUACUCCCCUCACGAGCCCUAUAGUCACCAUGAUCGUGAGUCACGAACAACGUGUCUUCGUAGCUCAUGAGGAAAUACUAUGCCGCUCACCUUUAUUCCGGUCUCUACUCCAAGACGGGUUCGUCGGGGACAGCACGAAUAAGGCAGUGGCUCUGCCAGAUGAAGAGCCAGAAGUUUUAUCCUGCGUUCUCGAAUUCUUGUACAAGGGGGAUUAUUUCCCGCGCCUGCUCCGUAACAAGGACACCAAUUCAUGGGAACUCGAGAAUAGCCAGAAUGUCACCACCCACCCCGGUGGCCGCGGGUCGAGCGAAGCGACUAUGUUUCACUCCGCUGUAGGCGACAUCGUCCUCAGGGACACAGUUGUGUACUGCGCAGCCGAGAAGUAUGGACUGGAGGGGCUCAAAAGCCUUGCUAUACGCAAGCAGGGACUUCAGAGCGGAAUCCCCAUCGAUGUGAUUUUAAGAUCCGCUCGGUAUGCUUACGACAACACGCCAGACUCGGAGUAUCGACUGCGCUCUCAUUACUUGGCUAUGAUCAUUCGGACCCGACAGAUUUUCAAGACCAGUGGAACCAUGCAGUAUGAGAUGGAGAUGGGUCAUAAGUUCUUUUUCGAUCUGUUCGUUGCUAUGUGUAAUCACAUGGAUGAUCUUGAGGAGAUUGGUAACGAUGAAUCACCUAAGAUGACCCAAUGAUUGCACAGCAAGCACGACAAUAUGUACGGAAAAUCAUUUAAAAAAAGUCCGAUCUUCUUGUUAAAGAGCCGAACGAGACUGCUUGAGCUCAGAUCAUCCUUGAGCUGAGUCUUUAUAGUGCUUUUGCAAGCCUUUGAUUUUAAUCAUGCCUCUCUUGAAAUACGCGACUUUGUCUGUCCCAGUUUGUUUAGUAUCUAGGAUGCAUGGUUGAUGUCGGAAAGUAGAAUGAUCUA